UACUCUGCAGUUCACCUACCAACAUAACAAUCAAACUCUCCGCAUAAAAAAUAAAAAUAAAAAAAUUGUGAGAUAUAUUGUUGUUUCCUUUGUUUCUUGUACCUCCUUCAAUAAAUCCAAAAAUCACAAAAAAAAAAAACUCAACUUUUCUUGGAUUAUAGAUGAAUUGGGGUCUAUGGGAUGAGGUAGAUAUUGUCUCUAGGGAAGAUGGUGCAGUUAACCAUUGCUAUCAAAUGAAGUUUUUGUAUGGAUCUCUACUUUUGUUUUUUCUGCUUUAGUUUUGUUUCUUGCUCGAUUUUUCUUUUGUUUUCAUUGGUUUGUCCAGUCAAAACAAGUAACAUCAAGCAAGAGAAAGAACCUUUUUCUGGGCAGGUAUUACUUUUUGUCAUACUAUCAUUGUCUUUAUGCUCGUGAUUGUCCUAUGAUAAGAGGUAGUAGAUUACAUAAGCAUAUUUUGAAAAACACUUUAUGCUUUAAUAGUUUUUGAUUCGCUGACAAAACUCUCCAUUUUUGGUAGGAACAUGAUUUCUUACUAUGUUUAAAUUUCUCUUCUAUUUUAAAACAUUCGCAACGUAAACAGAAAAAAAAAAUAUUAUGAAAGUGUUUUGUAAUAGAAAUAUUGAGAGAUUUAGGAUAGAGAAUCAUAUGUCAAAUAUAAGAUCUCUAUUUGAGGAACACUUUAUGUUUUAUGUUUUAAAUCUUUUGAUUCACUAACAAACUCUCGAUUAGUCGUAGAAAUGAGGCCAAAUUUCUUUAUCCCUAAAUCAUUUAUCCUUGUAAAAUACUUACAUCCAUUAGAUCAUACAAGUGUCAUGAGACUUUUAAAAUAGGAUAAGGGAGAAAUUUUGGAAAAAGAAUACUGCACCGAAUAUAGAAUCCACUUUGUUUUGAUGCCAAAAUCCACUAGUUCUGAUUUUGUCAAUCCUACAUAUGGCCACCUCUCCCUCUCUCUAUCUCUAAGUAGAUUGUUGUUGCAGGAAAUAUGAACCUCAUGCAACAUCUCUUGGAGAGGCUAAGACCCAUUGUAAAUUUCAGAAGCUGGGAUUACUGUGUUCUUUGGAACUUGGGUGAUGAUCAAAGGUUUCUUGAAUGGAUGGAUUGUUGUUGUGCUGGAUCUGAGAACAUCCAAAAUGGUGGGGAGGAGCUUCUUUUUCCUACUUCUUCAGUUCCUCCUUGCAGAGACCUCAUGUUUCAGCACCCAAGGACCAAACCUUGCGAUCUUCUUGCCGAAUUGCCUUCAUCCAUUCCCCUCGAUUCCGGGAUUUACACACAAACAUUAAUGUCAAACCAAGCAAGAUGGUUGAACUUCUCUAAUAACUCGGAUUCGAAUGCUUUGGAAGAAACAGUUGGGACUAGGGUUUUAAUUCCAGUGCCAAUUGGACUAGUUGAGUUGUUUGUUGCCAAACAAGUCCCUGAAGAUCAGCAAAUCAUAGAUUACAUCACUGCCCAGUGUAGCAACAUACUAGAACAACAAGUCAAGGUCCAUUCAAACAAUAUGGAUCCAAACUUCUCAGUGAAUGUCAAUGAAAUCCAAUCAAACCCAUUUCUAUCCGAUAAAAACAGUGAAAAAGAUCACAACAAUCCAUUUCAUCCUGCAACAUCAUUGGAAAACUCGAACCUGCCAUACGACAUCACUGUUGAUCGAAUCCAGCUAUGCAAUUCCCCGAUGAAUUUCUUGCAACCCUUCAAGAAUGACAGCUUCUUUGAUGGAUCAAAUGACUCGUUCCUCGCUGACAAGCCGAUCAACACCUUUAACUCUUCGGGAGAGAAUGGAUUUCAAGAGAUGGAAGGACUGCAAAGCAAGGAUCAACAACAAGGGACUGACAAGGAUUCGAUUAAACACGAGACCGGGAGAUCAGAAUCAAUCUCGGAUUGCAGUGAUUUGAAUGAGGAUGAAGAUGAUGCAAAGUAUAGGAGGAGGACAGGUAAAGGGCCUCAGUCGAAGAAUCUUGUUGCUGAAAGGAAGAGAAGGAAGAAACUUAGUGAAAGGCUCUAUACUCUUAGAUCUUUGGUCCCCAUAAUAACCAAGUUGGAUAGAGCUUCAAUACUUGGGGAUGCAAUUAACUUUGUGAAGGAGUUGCAGAAGCAAGUAAAAGAUCUCCAACAUGAACUUGAAGAUCAGUCCGACGACGAAGGUACCAACAACAACAACAACUAUGGAAGAUCAGAGAUUUUGAACCAAAAUGGAAUUAAUAAUGUUGUUGGAUUGAAACCUGAUCAACUUGAAAACGCUCCUUCAAAUGGGUUUCACAUGGGUGGAGCUGCAGCAGCAGCAAGCAAUGGUGAUGUUGGUGGUGUUGCAGAACCCCCCAAACCAAAACAUGAAUCUGAUAGUUGUGACAAGCAGCGCCAAAUGGAGCCUCAAGUAGAAGUGGCUCAAUUAGAUGUGAAUGAGUUCUUUAUAAAGGUAUUUUGUGAGCACAAGCAUGGUGGCUUUGUGAGGUUGAUUGAGGCUCUCAAUUCUCUUGGCUUGGAAGUCACAAAUGUCAAUGUUGCUAGCUUCAGAACUCUUGUUUCCAACGUUUUCAAAGUUGAGAAGAGGGAUAGUGAAAUGGUACAAGUUGAUUAUGUAAGGAACUCUUUACUGAAGAUAACAAGAAAUCCAUCUGAAAUGUGGCCUGAUCAGAAUAUCAAUGACAAUGACAAUGGCAACGACAAUGACAAUGGCAUCGACUAUCAUCAUCAUCAUGAUCACCGCCGCCACCACCUCCACAGCAACCAAAUCAGCUCUCACCACCACCACCACCACCAUAACCACCUUCAUAACCAACCAUAAACCACAGGCAAGGAUUUCAAUGAAUGUGUCAUUUUUUAACUUCUUUAAGUGCUCUUUUGCCUUGUACAAGCUCGUGUAUGAGAUCAUAGACAUCUUAUGCAAUAAUAUGAGGCUUC